GUUUUCUCUCAGGUGAGGUAGUGCUUUUUGUAACAUAGAAGAAGAUGGAAAAUUUGAAGGAAUUCAACAGGAGGGAUUUACUGUGAACCAAAGAAGUUAAGCUUGUAAAUUAUCUUGCUAAUCACAGACUUCCAUGAAACGCAGAUAGCUCCAAAGACUUUCUGUCUCUGCAAAACCGUCUUCAUCAAAUCACCCUGAUGGACCCUCAGGCGGGCAGCAGUCAGUCUGUCAUUAGCUUCGCUGACAAAUCCCCUGCCAGUACUUUCAAACCAACUCACUCUCGGAAUAACAGCACGGGUUCAUCCAAGUAUUCAAAACAGUCUCGUAACUGGGAGAUCAUGGAUGAUGGCUACUCUGCCCCUGGUUCCUCUAUGGACCUCAGUAUUCCUGGGAUCUGUGAGGGUUAUCUCAUGAAGAGAAGGAAGUACCCACUAAAGGGAUGGCACAAGAGGUACUUCCUUUUGGAGAAGGGUAUUCUCAAAUAUGCAAAGACUCAACAAGAUAUUCUGAAAGGAAAACUCCACGGUUCCCUGGAUGUCAGCAUGGCUGUUAUGUCGGUGAACAAAAAGGCCAAACGAAUAGAUCUCGAUGGUGGAGACAACCUUUACCAUCUUAAGGCGAAGAGCAGUGAUCUCUUCUACAUUUGGCUGACAAAGCUGGCUGCCCACCGUGUUUUUAGAAAACAGGAAGCAAUGAGUGUCCAUCGAGGUGUUCUUCAUGCUCUUUCAAUGAACCAGAGUUCACUGCCCAUUAUGGCCAAUAUGACCCACCAACACCAAUCGACUCUGCCUCACUACGCCAGCUCAGCAUCUGUAGCCGGUCCAGAGAUGAACGCUGCUCCCAUGUCCUCUUACUCGGGGGUCAACAACAAGGUGUCUGCUUGGCUCCAGCAGACCCACAACAUUGAUGCAACUUCUAAUGACCUGGCUCGGAGUCAAGCAGAACUGACAGAACUGGUUCAGCUCAUACAGAGACUCCACUGGCUUGAAGGAGGAAUCCCGCUCACUAACACUGACCUUGAGAUGCGCAUCAGCAUGCAGAAUCUUUUCUUGGAGAAACCCAAGAAGAAGUCCGGGAAGGUGGGUCACUCAAGGACUUUGUCUCGUGUUGAGGCCAUGGGUGGAAUGUUCACAUCAAGUCACCUGAGUACAAACAACGGUUCCAAUAUGGCUGCGUCUGUUCAGUCCAUACCAGACUAUGUUUAUACGCAGCUCUCAAACCCUCAAGUAACCUCACCGGAGGCUAAAAAGCUACACCAAGACAUUUGUGUUCUUUCUCAGAGGGUGCAUGCUUCUCUGACCUCCAUUCAUGAGGUAUUGACCAUGGAAAGGGAGAGACUGAGACAGGCUUGGGCUAGCCCUGACCUGAGGCAGAAUGCAUCACAGCAGCUGGCAACACUGUGCACCACACUUUCUGAGCUUGAUGUGCAGUCCCAUCUGACCAAAGUCCAUUCGGUUUCCCUGUCCUCUGGCUCUACUGAUGAAUCCUUCUGUACUGUCUGUACAGAUCAGAGGUCGCCGUCUAUAAGUCGUCAUAGUCAUCGUGCUCCUUCAGUGGCAGACUCUAUGGCAGAAUAUUUUGAUGCCAAUGAGGUGAUCGUAUGCGAGACCUCGUCAGAGGCUGAGGCAUCGGAUGAGUCAGGCUUGAGUGACAUCACUACAACCAGCACCUCAGAGCCUGAUGAAGGUCACUCAACUGCCACUCUCAACUACAGAGAAAGUCUAAAUAGUGCAACUGACAAGCCCAACCUAGUGCGCACCGAUACAGGGCGUCGCACCAAACUCCCUGCUCCUGGAGGAGACAACAGUCACAUUGGCAUUAUGACCAUCCUUUACAAUAACAUUGGCAAGGACCUGUCCAGAGUCUCUAUGCCAGUGGCUCUUAAUGAGCCUCUGUCUUUGCUGCAGAGACUUAGUGAAGAGCUAGAGUAUACAGAGCUGUUGGACAUUGCCAAUAACACUGAUGACCCAUAUCUAAGAAUGGUUUAUGUGGCAGCAUUCUCAAUUUCUGGUUAUGCUUGGGCAUCUUGGAGAAAUCGCUAUAAACCGUUCAACCCUGUUCUUGGAGAAACCUAUGAAAAUCACCGGGAAGACAGGGGAUUCCAUUACAUCAGUGAACAGGUUAGCCACCACCCGCCCAUCUCAGCCUGUCAUGCAGAGUCAGAAAAUUUUACUUUCUGGCAAGAUCAGAGGUGGAAAAACAAGUUUUGGGGAAAGUCGGUGGAGAUAAUCUCAACUGGAUUGGUCAACGUUUCCCUGCCAAGGUAUGGGGAUCACUACGAGUGGAAUAAGGCAGUGACCUGCAUCCACAAUGUACUGAGCCAACAACGCUGGUUGGAGCAUUAUGGUGAGGUGGUCAUCAGAAACACAAAAAGUGACGUGUGCACCUGCAAGAUGACCUUUGUUAAGUCUCGCUAUUGGAGCUCAGAGAACAGUAAGAACGAGAUUCAGGGUGUUGUUUUGGACAAGGCUGGAGAGGUGGUCCAUCGUUUUGGAGGCUUCUGGCAUGAAGGCAUCUUCUGCGAUACCAUGACUACACCAACCUGCAUCUGGAAGCCCAAUGUACAGCCCGAUGACCACUUCCAGUUCUACGGUUUCUCACGUUAUGCCAGAGAACUAAAUGAACUGACUGCAGACUUGAAAGAUGUCCUCCCCCCAACAGAUACUCGCUUCAGGCCAGACCAGAGGCUCCUAGAAGAGGGGAAAUUGGCAGAGGCGGAUAAAAGAAAAGACGAGGUGGAGGAAAAGCAAAGAGAAAGGAGGAAGGAAAUGGCUAAAAGAGGAGAGGAACACAUCCCUAGGUUCUUCAGAAAAGCACUUGAUGAGGCUGGCAGAGAGGUGUGGCUGCAUAAUGGAACCUACUGGAAGAUCCGUCAAGAUCCAGGCUUUUCAAAGACCGAAAAUCUAGACUUGUGGUAGAGCACUAAAUAUACAUGGUGAAGUUUCAGAUUGCAGAGUACAAUUUUUCUUAAAGUACAAAUUGCAUCGGUACUGUGGUGACUCAACUACACAAACUAAGACUGUGUGCUCUGUACAUUGCUCCUAGCAUCGGGAUUGCUUGAUUGUUCAUAGAAACAUGAAUGAACCUUAAUUUAGUAUGCAACAUGGAUGCAAGAUGGAAUGAUGAAACCUGUUAACCAAAUUAGUUUAGUUUUGGUCAAACUGUCGGUAUCAGACUUUUUAUUUUCUUCCAUUUAACUUCUGUCUAAUUUGUAUUUGUCUUACCUUAAACACAUGGAGAAAACAUUGUAUUUUCAGCUUUUACACAUCAAGGGCAGGGGUAGUUAUAUUUUAGGGGAAUGUGUUGUGUUGCUCUUUUUCCUGCCACACAAUACAAAUGUCUGACAUGAAUUGUAUUUUCUCAUUUGGUUUGGCAUUGUGAUCUCUUUUGGUGUUUUGAGUAUACAUUACAUAAUCAAGUUUUAAUGUUUAUUUUUGCUUUCAUUUAGUGAUCGACUAGAAUUACAUAGACCAAAAUUGCUUGGCUUUUACCGAUUUCAACAUUUUGCCAACAAAAAAAUAGAAAAUUCUUAUUUUAAGUCCCUCCCCCCUUCCAAAAUAAACAAUCCUAUCAAGA